AUGAAGACUGCUACUUUCAUAUCCCUCCUUGCUUCGGCGGCAUCGUUCUCCGGUGUCGCUAAUGCUGCUUCGAAGAAGCCAGGCCGUACCUUUGGCACACUGAGCUUUGGAGGUGGAAAAGAGUUGACCAGAUGCCGUCUUGAUCCAAUUGUUAACCCCGGCGGUGUAGCCGGGCAUAUGCACUCCAUCUUUGGAGGCAAUGCCUUUACCGAUCUGAUGCCCGGUGACUAUGCUUCGGCACAUUCCACCUGUACCACUGCCAAUGUUAAGAACGACCAUUCGAACUAUUGGGUACCAUCCCUCUAUUUCAAGAGCCCCGAAGAUGGUACAUUGUAUCCUGUCGAACUCUUCUAUGCGAAGGUCUACUACUUUUUCGAGGCCACCAACGAUGACAUCAAACCUUUCCCCAAGGGCUUCCGAAUGAGAGCUGGUGACCCAACUCUUCGUCAUCCUCCAAACCCUGCUCGCAACAACCUCGAUUCUUCCAAGGGCCCAAUCACCCCGGCCCAAUGGACUUGUCCUCGUGAUAAGCCUUCCACUCCACUCUAUCCACCAGAGUCCGAUGGAACCAAGGGUGUUGGUGUUCAGGAUCCAAGCAACGGCGGCCAAGGUUGGGGUUUCCCUGAUCAAGAGUGCGACGGAUUCGCUUCUCCUCUUCGUGCUGAUGUUCACUUCCCAUCUUGUGUUAACCCGGACCUUGACGUUGAAGACUGGAAGAACAAUUCUGCUUACCCAAGUAGCAAUGGUCAAGGUGGUGAAGACUGCCCUCCCGGUUGGAUCCACGUCCCCCACGUCUUCAUGGAAGUCUACUGGAACACUCUCAAGUUCAAGGAUAUGUGGCAGAAGGGAACUGGAAAGCAGCCCUGGGUCCUCUCCAAUGGUGACACUACCGGAUACUCAGUUCACGCCGAUUUCAUCAACGGAUGGGAUUCUGCUACGCUUGCUUACCUCAUUGACAACUGCGACCCUGGACACGCUGGUCUCGCUUCCUGCCCUGGUCUCCCUGGUGGUGAGACUUCUGAGGAAGAGAUGAAGGCCUGCAAGCUCACCUGCCCUCUCUCUGAAGGUUCCUCCGACAACUUUGGCUCUCCUAUGGCUAACAACAAGCUCUUUGGCAACAACCCCUUUUCCGGAUAUCAAGUUGAGGCCUAUGCCGCCCCUGGAAGCAACUCCCCUGCUCCUGCUCCUGUCGAAUCCAAGCCCGUCGUUAAGCCUGAAUCUGUCGUCUACACUCCAAAGGCGCGUCCAUCCACCACGCUUAAAGCCGUCGUCAAGCCUGUCAACACUCCAAAGCCAGUCAGCCCUCCCGAAUACGUUCCUGAGGGACGUAACACCCACACUGAGGUUGUUGUUCGCACUCGUCUCCAUACUGUCACCGAGACCAUCGUCGUUCACGGAGUUGCAGGACCGAAGACUAUUGCUCCAAGACCACGACCCGCUGCGCAAAAGAAAAAGAAUUGUACGACACGUCGACCUGUCCGCCAUUAUCGCCAUCAUAAGGCUGGCAGUUACUAA